AUGCCACAACAGCAAUUUGUUACAAAAUCCAAAGACCCGCCAGCCCCUGCAUCCUGCGCCCAUCACCUGUGUCCCACUGCCACCAUCCUCAAGAGAAAGGCUCAAGGGGAUGCUAAAGGAGAUAAAGCCAAGGUGAAGGACAAAUCACAGAGAAGAUCCGCGAGGUUGUCUGCUAAACCUGCUCCUCCAAAGCCAGAGCCCAAGCCAAAAAAGGCCCCUGUAAAGAAGGGAGAGAAGGUACCCAAAGGGAAAAAGGGAAAAGCUGACGCUGGCGAGGAAGGGAAUAACCCUGCAGAAAAUGGAGAUGCCCAAACAGACCGGGCACAGAAAGCCGAAGGUGCUGCAGAUGCCAAGUGA